AUGGGGCACAGUGCAGGAAGUGAUCCGGAAUGCCAGAGGAUUAUGGACAAAGCCACUCAUUUUCCCUCUUGCUGCUUGAAAGCUAUGGCAUCUGAUCCUGAGGCUGAUGCCACGCGUCAUUCCACAGUUGUUUCUGGAUGGUUCUCGGAGCUCGAGUCAUCCUCCAGUCCAAAUGAAGCUGGUAAUAAGCUAGUGUAUUUCAACAAUCCUAUGUGGCCAGGAGAAGCUCAUUCAUUGAAAGUGGAAAAAGUUUUGUUCAAAGAAAGGUCAAAGUAUCAGGAGGUUAUGGUUUUUCAGUCCUCUGCAUAUGGGAAAGUGCUUGUGCUAGACGGCAUUGUUCAGUUGACUGAGAAAGAUGAGUGUGCAUAUCAGGAGAUGAUAACUCACCUUCCCCUUUGUUCGAUUGAGUCCCCACGAAAUGUUUUGGUCGUUGGUGGAGGUGAUGGUGGAGUUCUUAGAGAAAUCGCUCGACACAGCUCUGUGAAAUCGAUUGAUAUUUGCGAAAUAGAUGAAAUGGUCAUAGAUGUCAGCAAGAAAUUUUUUCCCGAGUUAGCUCUUGGCUUCGAGGAUCCUCGUGUGCAACUUCAUGUUGGUGAUGCUGUUGAAUUUCUGAGGCAUUCGCCUGAAGGGAAGUAUGAUGCGAUCAUCGUUGAUUCAUCAGACCCUGUCGGUCCAGCACAGGAGCUAGUCGAAAGACCAUUCUUUGAGACCAUAGCUAGAGCAUUAAGGCCCGGUGGAGUUCUCUGUAAUAUGGCAGAGAGUAUGUGGCUUCAUACACAUAUGAUUCAUGAUAUGGUUUCAAUAUGCCGAAAGAUAUUUAAAGGUUCUGUACGGUACGCAUGGACCAGUGUUCCCACAUAUCCUAGUGGGGUUAUUGGAUUUCUGUUGUGCUCGACUGAGGGACCUCAUGUUGAUUUUGUUCACCCUAUCAACCCUAUAGAGAAGAUAGAGGACAAUGCUCUUGCUUGUAGAAGGCAACUUAUGUUCUACAAUUCUGAGAUGCAUAGUGCUGCCUUUUCGUUGCCCUCAUUUGUGAAGAGGGAAGUGGAAGCUCUUCGUGAUUGCUCAACCGAAACCAAAAAAGUCCACGUACAAUAA